CAUCAUUUGGUUUCGCCUUAGAUACGUGUAGUCGUUUAUAGGUAAUGGCAGCUCGAAGGAAUUCGUCGGAAAAAAAUCCAAAAAUAUACAGCAAUGAUUCGGAAAAUUCUAAGGUAAACAUUGUCACAACAAAACGGACAAACGCUAAGUGUUUGCGAUCGAUUCCAAACGAAAAAGAGGAACCCAGACGUUUAUCUUACUCAGGGCAAUACACAAAAACGAGAGAAGAACAUGCACCAAACAGAGUAGUUAAUAAAGAAGUCGAAUUAGACGAUAUGAAUCGUAAGUACCUAGCACCUUAUAAUAUAAUAAUCGAUUAUUUAUUAUGUAAUAAAAGUAUACAACUCGUACAAUCGAGAUAUUAACGAGUCAAGCUUAAUGUUUAGCCGUCGAAACGGGCGAGUCAGAAGAUUGCACCACCGUCGGAAAAACGUCAGUUAAAGAAGAACCACCAGAAAUAUUGAACCUAGACAAGACCAUUGAAGAGUUAAAGACGGCAGUGGAAUACAAAUUUAUUUAUCUAGUUUACGCGGUCAGCAAAAAAUCUAAAUAUUUUUCACCGUAUAAUUUCAAAAUUGUUCCGUUUCAAAACAUCAACGAACGUUGUUUCUUUACGCUAAGUAACGAAGGUAUGUUGUCUCAUAUUCAAAACGAAGUGACAUUCACGACAUUUGCGCAAUUUGAAGAGGAAUAUAGAUCAUAUAAGAAAGUCGUAAAAGUAAGUAAAGGUUUUUAUAUUGACUACGUAUAUAAGUAGGUACAGUUAAACGUAUUGGCUAAAAGUUAUAACUUAUAACCUACAGUAAAGGCUUAAUACGAAAUGCAUUCAAAUUUUAAU